AUGGCCCAGCCGGCCGGUGGUUCGACGGGAGAGAGGAACGAGGAGCUCGGCCCAGGCGGCGGCCAAUGGCAGCGCCGCAAUUCAGCGGUCCACAACCUGGGCACCGCGCGCGCUGAGGGUGCUGCUUGGGUGCUCGGGUGCUCUGGUGCUCUGAGGUUUGCCCCCUGCUCUCCCCUGCCAGCCAGAUUCUGCGCUGCCUCAGGCACCUGCGUCAGCUCGGUCGCUGGGCCGCUGGCCACCUGCCAGCCCGCACCCAAUCACCCAAUCACCCAAUCCCGAAGCACCCUUCGCCCGCCCAAUCGAACGAUUCCCGUAGCAAGCAAGCUCGAAGAAUCAUAG